AUGCAGGCCAUUCCAAGUCUUGUUGGAACUGGCACUGCUGUCGCUGCUGCGGCCACCGGUUUAGUCUUCAGCCAACCCGCCGACUUGAAUUCGACCACCGACCAAACAGUGACGAACGAGAGGCAAUCUACAUUGGCCGGCGAAGGUCCCGAGUACGCUUACGCCGGUGCUUCUCUUUUCUCGAGACCGGGCACCAGCUCCUACACACCGGCUUCUGCGGCAGAGGAUAAAGCCUACAACACACUCCCCCACCACUUCUCUCUCACCGACUCGACCUCGACCCCCCCUCGACCGAGGCAGCCCAAUCCUCACUUGACCUCGAAACAAGGACAUCUUAGGCGUCUCUCCUUGAACCGGCCGGGGGAUUACUCGACCCAUCCGAUUGCCGAAUCUUCUAGAGACUCACUAUCUUCCAAUGGCUCGUGGAUAAAACGGUUUUCCAUUCGCCCAUCUAGUGUCCGGUCGAGUGUCGGGCCCGAUACGCAGUCAUUGACCUUCUCCCACGGAUCUUCUGCUCCAUUUCUUCCCUCAGACGUCAUAACCCCCCUUCCUCCUAAUAAGUUGGUGAAGCGUCCACCCCCACCGUCGCACGCCAACUACAGCGAUCCCCAGUCCAGACGCCGUUCCAAGACACAUCUCCCAAGCCUCCGCCGCCCGGCCACGAGCCACCAGAGAUCGGCCACGUUGCGACAGUCAAGGCAGGGUAACAACGACCUAACCUCUCCGCCGUGCUCGCCGAGGAAGUUCUCUUUCGACCGGCAGUUGCCGGGACUCGACCUCUCUCCGCCGGUUGACCGGGAUCAUAUUCUAACUCAUCCGGCCCCUGCCCCACGUGGGUGGAUCUCAUUCUUCCACUCCCGCCUCGUCAAGGUUGGUGUAAAGGGAAUCUCGUCGCGCUCAAACGACGGAGGCCCUUCCACAUUGGUGAAGCGGAUUUCUCCUAAUAAUAGUCAUCGAAAGCCUGUCUACCUAACGCAGCCGGGUGCCAUCUCAUCUAUUCCCACGCAAAAGCGUGGUCCUGAUUGCGCGGAGGAGGAGCAACCAGAGGUAGCUGAUGAUUCAAACGGCCGAUCCACGGAUUCCUCGAAUUCCACCCCCGAGGAUACUCCUUCGAAACGGGCAAAACGUUCCAUUUCUAUGACCUUUUCGUCCCCGGGUAAUUGGAUUAUGCGGUCAGGUAGCAUUCGCCGCCCCAAGCGGGGAUCGGAGUCGACGAAGCCAGGAGGUAAACGGCAUGUUUCUGCGCCAGUGUCGACGGAUCCUGCCCAACAGGAGAGGAGCCCCAAUGGGAAACUGACUCGGACGAAUGCCAAGAGCAAGACGACGGAUGACGUCGUCGAUCCGUCGAAACAGACGCUUGCCCAGGCUAGGAACCGAAAUACUUCCUCUCCCUUGCCUCCUCUUUCCCGACUGUCGAGUUUCAACAUUGACUUGACGAAAUUGAGUGCCGCUUCGGGUGCGCCCUCACCCGUAGGCGCCAUUUCGCCCACUAUCCGACCUCAUCAGCCGUCCGGAAGUUCUCGUGCCUCUAGCUCCAUGGUACCUCCAGGCUUGUCUCGGACUCAUCGAUCGCCAACUUUGACAAGUUCCGACUUCGACGGCAGAGAUUUUACGUCCGGCGACGAUGAUGACACGGACUUCAAGAGUGAUACGAUCUUUGACUCGAUAAGAACCGUGGCCUCCGGUCGCGUACGGUCUACCGAGACGCCUCUCGAGUCGAUGUUUGAUGAGUCGCCACCAAGCACUGCGGGACAGACGAAGGCUAAGCGAUUGUCGAUACAAGAGGUCCUAAUUCGAAACUGGGAUGGUGAGCAUGACAGGAUCAUGGAAGAGGAUGACGAAGGUGCCUUGACGCCCGUCCGCCUUACCCACAACAUUGGCGGCCUCCAGGAGCCAGCAACAAUUGUCAGGAAUGAUAGUUUUACCCUGGGAGGCAGCACCAACCAUUACUCACUCCCGAACAAGGAUUUUGGUCGUCUGUCCCUCGACGAUGAUGACGAAGACUGGACCAGGGACGACUACACGGACCAAGAUGAUGAUGUCCUCAGUAACCGGCUAUCUCCACCAUCGAAGAACAGCGUGGUGAAUGCUAGAAAUAUACACCCCAAUCUUCGGGUAGCGCUUGCAUCUAUUAGUGGCAACCGACACUCGGAAGCAAGGAACUCGACAAUGACAGAGCGACCCCUCAGCAACCUCUUUGAUUGGAGCGAGCCAGCAGUUUAUGAGAAGCAGGACGGCGAGGGCCAGUCUCUGCGGCCCAAGACUGUCCAUGGUAAGCAGGACAUUGACAUUAGGGGUGGCAGGGCCGUCACUAGGAGAGGCCCCAUUGCGGCCCAUGUUAGGAGCCAGAGCGUCCCCAUCGUCCAUGACCAAAUCGAGAACCAAAAGACACCAUCCAGUACUAAAUUUGGGACUUGGGGCCUGGGUAGCAAGGGCGUCAGCGAAGAUUGGGGUGACGAUUUUGAGUUUGAAGAGUCCCCUACCGAGUUGACUACAGGCAAGGAUUCGUGCAGAAGCUUCGUCGUCCCCGAACCGAUCCAAGCAUCCCAAUCCAGCGUCAAGGCUCACUCGGGCCAAAUCCGAGAACUCUCGCUUCUGGUUAAUGACCUUAAGCGACUCUGCCGACACGGGCGCGAUAUGGACAUGCUUGGGGGCCCACAUGCCAGUCUUUGGAAGGAAGCAGAGGGCAUCAUUGCGUUAGCCUCACCCGACGAGGAUGAACCCAUGGAGGGUACUCAAACCGCUUCCUCGUCCCCGCCCACGGAGAUCCCAUCCAACAUCAGUGAUAGGUUUAACGACGACGGGUUUGACGCCGCCUCGUUAGACUUUUCGGACAUUAGUAUGUCAAAGACGACUGUGGUUCGCUCGCGUCAUUCGAUCCGACGAAGAUCAGUCAUCCCCGAUGAUGACAUAUUUGGCGGCGGCGGGGGUGGCGGCAGUUGGCCCCUAUCCGACGAUAGUUCUCUCCCCGACGCUCCGCGGACACCCGAGAAUAGGGCUACGCGUAGCACUGAUGACGUUUCCGGGAUUGUUAAGACGGUCAUGGACGCCAUGCAGCAACGCUCUGUUUCGACGCCGGUUCGCGGACAAGCGAACAACAAAGUGCACUUCGACACGGGAAGUCUCAAGGCUCUUGUUAAGCGAGCCGGCGACCUUCGUGACAUGCUUUCCGAGCUAGUCCGCAGAGCAGAUCCCAUUGCGCCUAGCCCUGCUCGUACACCUCGCCACGACGGCAGCCCGGCGUUUACUCGAGUGUUUAAUGAACCCCCCUCGAGCCCCUCGCGGCGGUUGCCUCAUAGCCGAAGCAAUAAUUCGGUCCUCAGCCGGACGUCCAUGGAUACAUCAUCCUCGACGACCAUGGGUCCAAAACGCAUGCAGGUGAUGACUGUCAGCUAG